AAACACUUUCAGACUAGAUACAUUUCCUGUUUAAUUCAUGUGCCUGUAUGACACGUGACGCUUAUGAAAUGUAUAUUUUCCUGUGUGGGCAAUGACCCGUCACGUUAUGUUUGGUAUAUGGUGACUAGUGAAAUUGUACAUGUCAAAUCAUUUUUAUUUUCACAUUUGUGAGUCUGUGAGUCUGCGAGAACACGGUUUUACAGUUUCACACUGAAACCCAAAGAUCAGGAAUGGCCUCAAUCAAAGUUCUUCUUCUGAUUUCAGCUAUAUCUUCUUCUCACAGUGAAAUGCUUUCUCUAUACUACAUGUACAGCGUCAUAUCAAAAUCUCUGAUGUCUGGAGAAAUGUCUGAAUUCUACACCUCAGUUGAACUCGAUGACAUUCAGAUGAGUUUGUGUCACAGUGUGAAUAAAGCAGAUUUCAUGACUCAGUUGUGUGAGGAAUCUGAGAGACUCUUUAGUGAAAGUGAUGAUCUGCAUUAUAAACAACAGUGGCUUCAGAUCAACCUUAAAACACUGAUGAGGAUGAUGGAGCACAAGAGGAAGAACAGCACACGGGACACAGAUCUUCAUGUUCUUCAGUGGAUUCACGGCUGUGCAGUUGAACGUCACUCUAAUGGUUCAGUGAUGUUUCUACAAGGCACUGAUGAAUACGCCUAUGAUGGCCAGACCUUGACCUUUGACCUUUCAAUGCACUGGAAGCCUUUAGUCCUUGACCAUGACAUCAUCUGGGACAGAGAAUCAGUUUCCAGCCUAGAGAGGAAAUGUGCAGAAAUGUUAACCAGCUUCAUUGAGCUUCAGCUUGAGAGAAAGUUCAUCAUGGAAUCUCGUCCUGAUGUUCACACUCUUGUAAAAGCGUCUGGAUCAUCAGUCAAGCAGCUGCUGGUGUGUUUGGCCACAGGCUUCUACCCUAAACAUGUGGAGAUGGAGAUCAGACACAAUCAGACGCCGUUACCUGAUGAGCAGCUGAACUCAGAUGGAAUCAGACCGAACGCAGACGGAUCCUUUCAGCUGAUGAAGAGCCUGGAGAUCCUGCCGUCUGAAAGAUCACAGUAUCAGUGUGUGGUGAAGCACCAGAGUCUGAGUGAACCACAGAUCAUCAUCAGGGAUGAAGGGAAUGUCCUGCUGCUGUUGCUCAUUGGAUUUAUAGUUGCUUUAGUUGUUUUUGCCAUCAUUCUUCUUGUUUUUUAUCUGCUGAGAAAAUGUGUUAAACGUCGAAAAUAUACCUUGAAUCAUCAGAAGGUACAACUACUACAAUCACCAACCUUGGUAUUACAUAAUCCAGACAAUUCACAUAUCGUGAACCCAACACCUACAGAUUAUGACAAUAUUGUAAAAUGGUGUAACGAUACUGGUGAAGAUGACACAUUCUCAUUUUUGGUGGGAUCUGGUGAUGACGAGUCAGUAGAUCUGCCAGGAGACUAUGCAACUGUAUUGCCUGAGUUUGUGGAAAGAGGUGUAAAGGAGUCAAAUCUGUCAGAGGACGAGGAAGAUUAUUCUUUAAAUUAUAUAAACAACUUGGAGUCAACGAGUGAAGAGGACUCAGGUUCAUCAGUGUCGGAUUGUGGUGGAUGUCGGACGGGAUAUGAGCAACAGGGAUCCAGGAAGUGUGCUCUCAAGUUCAGAGGAUUUGAAUUUCCGAGAUACAGGAAAGGACCAGAAAGAUGUGCAGGUUUGGCUGCUGCUUUAAAUGAUGAUUCAGAUGAUGAAAACCCCACAGAUCUCAAUAUGGAGGAGGAACACACUGAGGAGGUUCAUGACACUCAAAGUCUUUGUGACACUGAAGCGACUCCAGCAGCAGCUCGAGGUGCAAUGGGCUCCAAAAUCAUCUCUCUGCCUAACUUUGCCAUGGAGAGAGAAGACACCGAUCAGAACGUUACCCAGAAUGCCCUGCUGUUACCACUGCCAAGACGCUGCAGAUCCAAGAUCAUUUCACUGCCAAACCUCACUCAAGACAGAAAGGACAGCGAUGACUCCAGUUAAAGAUGUUCAGGUUGUUUUGAAGAAUCAGAUCUAGAGCUUUACUUCCAUCAUCAAUGCCAAAAGAACAUGGAAACCUGAACAUCACAGUCAUCUGUGCUUGUUUCAUUAUAAACCCGUGGCCAUUAAUGUGAGGUUUUUACGUCUAAGAGCUUCAGGAGGUCAAACACCAGAUCAACAUUAUGAACAUUUGGACACAUGCUCAAUGAACCAGCAUCAGAAAAAAAAUGGCAUUACAUUUAUUUACAUGAUUUGAAUUUAUUGUUUGUAUGAAAAUCCCGGUGAACACCAUCUACCUCUGGAGGAGUUUUUUUUUUUUCAAACGCAUGACAAUUAUUGUCUAUGUUUGUAUUAGAAAUGUGUUAAUUAAUCACUAGUUCAUAAAAGCAUUGAUUUCAAAACAUAGCCAUUGCUAGACCCUAAUAGUAAUGAUCUGUCGUUUAGUUACAGUAUCAUCCUUCCCUGUCAUCAGUGUCAGACUCGACCUUCAGCUCAGAUUCCUGCAGGAGACAGAAAUGUUGUGACAUUUUAUUUCAGUAACACUGUGGAUGUGCCUCAAACUUAGUUUACAUUUAUCUGCUACAAAUGACAAUAGUUUAGAAAUCCUCUACGUAUCUCUGUACAUUAGAAUAAAUGGUAAACCUUCCUCACUAACAGAAAACAUGGACAUUUUAAAUUUUGAGCAUGAAUUUAUCGUGGUUCAAUUAUGCCAUUCCCAUUUCGUUUCAAGUAUUUAAUGUAAAAUUGGCCGCAGAAUAAAGCAUCAGAGGCAAUAGUUUGAUUUCUGACUCUAAAUGCUUUUUUAACAUCACAUUAAUCACUGUUUAUUUUAAAUCCAUAAUGCUAGAAACUUCCUCUGGUUCAGUUUUUAAGGGGAAAAACAACUCUGGUUAAAUCUCUGAUCUUAAAGAAUGUAUGCCUGUUUUCAGAUUGAUUGUGUAAAUGAGAAAAACUAAAGGUAUUAUUAGGUGUUUUCAAAUAUUGCUCUCCUAGAUCCUCCUCGGAUGCAAGGAACGAAAAUGAGGAUGGAGGAAUUGAAGGAAGACAUUUUUUGUGAAUUGUAAUAUUCUUGAUCACUCAAACACCACUUCAUCUCACUGUAUUUGCACAGGUGCAGAUCUGCCGUUAUGUUGCUGAAAUAUGAUUGAUUAAAAUAUUCCCCUUUAUAAA